GGACAUCGCUAGCCACGUAAACUUAAGCAACAACACUCAUUUUGAACUUAGGAACUCAAACCACUCGAUAUGGCUACCGCUCAACUUUCAACUCAAAUUCUCCGGCCCAUCCCCGCCGCUUGCGUCAGUUUCCGACAAGUUACCACCACCGGACUCCCUUCUACAUCUCCUUCUCCUUCUACAACAAUCUUCAAAACAAGAAAGGAAGCCAUUACAACGAAUCAAAAGUUGAAGUGGGCACGUAGACUAAGCCUCGUGGAUCAAAGCAGCCCGACAAAGCCAACUGUUGAUGUUGAAGGGUUAGUUAGUUUCUUGUAUGAUGAUCUUCCUCAUUUGUUUGAUGAUCAAGGGAUUGAUCGGACGGCAUAUGACGAGCAAGUCACGUUCAGGGACCCAAUAACAAAGCAUGAUUCAAUAAGCGGUUACUUGUUUAACAUUUCUUUGCUGAAGGUACUCUUUAGGCCUCUGUUUCAAUUGCACUGGGUCAAGCAGACAGGACCUUAUGAGAUAACAACAAGGUGGACUAUGGGGAUGAAAUUCAUGCUUUUGCCAUGGAAGCCUGAACUGGCCUUCACUGGAACUUCUGUAAUGGGCAUCAAUCCAAAGAAUGGAAAGUUUUGUAGCCAUUUGGACUUUUGGGAUUCCAUAGAGAACAAUGAUUAUUUUUCGCUGGAAGGUUUAUGGGAUGUGUUUAGGCAGUUGCGGAUUUAUAAGACCCCUGACUUGGAGACACCGAGGUAUCAGAUACUGAAGAGGACAGCAAAUUAUGAGGUAAGGAAAUAUACACCAUUCAUAGUGGUAGAAACAGAUGGAGACAAACUGUCAGGGUCAACUGGCUUUAAUACUGUUGCUGGGUAUAUCUUUGGUAAGAAUUCUACAAUGGAGAAGAUACCAAUGACUACUCCUGUCUUCACCCAGGCACUUGAUCCUGAAUUAUCUGAGGUAUCCAUCCAAAUUGUUCUUCCAUUGGAGAAAGAUAUAAGCAGUUUGCCAAAUCCUAGUCAAGAAACAGUUAACUUGAGAAAGGUGGAAGGAGGGAUUGCUGCAGCAUUGAAGUUCAGUGGAAAACCUACAGAGGAGGUUGUUCGUGAGAAAGAGAAAGCAUUGCGCUCUAGUCUUAUUAGAGACGGUCUUAAACCUAAGAAGGGUUGUUUGCUUGCCCGCUACAAUGAUCCAGGCCGAACGUGGAGCUUUACAAUGAGAAAUGAAGUGCUAAUUUGGCUUGAGGAAUUCACUUUGGAUUAGCAAGAUUACUCCUUGCAAAUCAUUCUUUCCGGUUUUGAAUUGACCAGUGACACUUUCUUGGAUGUUGUAAUUAAGGGAACAGUAUAGGCUUUCCUUGGCUAAAACACAUAUGGAAUGUAAAGCAUUUUGUUCUUGCUAAAGGUCAUGGUCUCAUGGAUGCAGCAAUUUGUUUAUUCAAAAAUGUUCAAAGCUCAGCACCAUCAACAGUCAAUACCAGGGGACAGUUAAGAACUUAAGAUCCAGUAAUACGAUCUCCGGCAGCGGAGCCUCUGCUUUAGGUCACAAUGUAAAAGGAAUGGAGGAGUUGCAGGAAAAAUCUAAUUACGGUUUGUGAAGUUUGCAGUAUGCCUACUCAAUUACAAGCUGAAGCAAUAGUAGCUAAUGGUCCUAAUCAUGUGGACGAUUAAUUUUAAUUCAUUGAAUUUCUAAAGUCAGAUAAUUAAAUGCUAUUGAAAUU